AACUCUUGUCUUUGAUCUUCAUGAAGCUAUCUUAUCACCUCUUGUCCAUUGCAGCCUGCGUCCACGUGGUGCUAGCUAAUCUUGUUGUUCCACUAGAACAGCCAGAAAGACCCUCAUUGGGCACCCCCGCCAGAGUAGUUAGGACGGUCGCAAAGUACAAUCCUAACAUGAUCGUUAAGGCAGACGUUAAGGAAAUGCAAGAUACUGGAAUAGUGGAGCUUCACAGCAACUAUUUGGAUAUCGAGUAUACUGGAACCAUUGGGGUUGGCACACCUCCGCAACAGUUCCAAGCUGUCUUCGAUACUGGCAGCAGUGACAUCUGGUUGCCUUCUACAUCCUGUUCUCGAUGUGUUGGUCAUCAUAUUUUCCAAGAGGAGAAGUCAAGUAGCUUCGAGUCCAUUGGCAAAAAUUGGUCGUUAUCAUACGCUGAUGGAUCUUACAUCUCUGGUCGAACAGCCAAGGAUUCCGUCACUAUCGGUGAUAUCCAUUAUGAAGGACAAAUGAUUGGCCUUGCUAAUGACGAAUCUGGUCAGUUUGCUGCUGACAAGUUUCUCGACGGUAUCUUUGGAUUAGCCUUCCCCAGUCUUUCUCUUACGGGAGCUAAGCAAUCCCCCAUCGAAAUAAUGUACGAUCAAGGCCAGCUUGAUGAACCCGUUGUUGGAGUUUGGCUUGGUCGAUCCAAAGAAGGUGGCGGUGGUGAAAUGGUCUUCGGCGGUUCCAACAAAGAGCAUUACACUGGCGAAUUCCAUUAUGUCAAGGUGAACAAUGAAAAGUAUUGGCAAGUACCUAUGAACUCCGUCUCUUCAGGAUCCAAAAAACUACCGCUUUCUGCCAGUGCCAUCAUCGAUACUGGUACCACUCUCAUUGUUACACCUCCUACCAUUAGCAAGCAUCUACAUGCUAGCAUCGAAGGCGCUGUUUUUUCAUCGAUUUACGGAUGGCGUUUGCCUUGCACUGCUAGUAAUUCCUCUGAAACCUUUGAAUUUGAAUUAGGAGGAAAUCAGUUUGCUGUUCCUGUUGCAGAUAUUGUCCGUGAAGCCAGCGCAGAUGCUAAACUCUGCUUUUCUGGCUUGGUCGAAAGUAGUCUACCUUUCACUAUAUUGGGUGACGUUUUCCUCAAGAGCUGGUACACCGUUUUUGACUUUGGUAACGCUAGUAUUGGAUUCGCUCCAUCCCAGCGCUAGACGUUUACAGUAUAUAGCAUCAACAUAUCAUAAGCUUUUUUAAUAGUUCAUCCAUCCUGAAUGCCAUUUAAUUUCUCAGCUAUGAUAAAUAACAUCUUACUUUCAAUGAAAUGUUCGAUCUGUCUCAAAAAUCAUAGGCGGAUUAUUUCUUUA